AUGUCUCCUUCUCUCAACACCCAACUUUCGUUUACGCGCCCCCGAACUGGCGACCGUGAUGGCCGGCCCAGCACUCGCGACCAGGGCGGCGCCGAAUCUGCCAUGAUGGUGCCCAGCCGUACCUCAUCGCUCCAUUCCCGCAUCACCCAGCCCAUUCCGUCCACUCUGGCCCAGAAGCCCCAACAGCGAACCCCCAAGACGCUCACUCAUGCCUACAUGGUCUGCGGUGUCGGCCGUGAACCCUCUCAAUGGGUCAAGGCUCCCACGCCCGCCCAGGGCAAAAUCACCCACAUGAAGGGCGCUGUUGGACAAUUCUGGCUCCCCGAAAUCCUAGGCAGCAGCCCCCGCCUUGAGCAGGACAACGAGAUUGCGCGGGCUCUGCACUCUGCCAUGAGGGCUUGCUUCCCUCACGAUGUGGAAAUCUGUACUGGCCGGAACCAGCCCCACUGCACUCACCAUUCUUUCGUCCUCCAGCAAGACUCUUCUCACACCCUGUACGGUAUUUGCCUGCGCGUCUGGUCGCGGGCUGACGAGAAGAGAGCCGAAACCAUCCGGGAUCUGAGAAAGAGGACCGAAACCGACUACUAUGACAACCCGGACGAGACCUACUGGAUCCCUUACUGCCUGUCCUUCCUCUCGCGCUACCCUCUGUACAACCUUCUGGGCGAUUACCUGCGUGGCAUGUGGAUUCACUGGAACAAGGCUACUAACCUGUUCCAUGCCGAGGAAGUAUCCCGCAUUCUGAGCUUCCCGGCCCCCAGGCUCAACGAUCUUGUCCGUAUCGACAUGAAAGAUUAUGCCCUCUGCUAUCAAUUCCCUUCGUCCCCCACCGGAUUCCAGAACUUCGCCAUGUGGCCCCUUUUCAACUGUUUGUCCAUCCCUAACAUUGUUGGCGUCAUUGAAGCUGCCAUCUCUCCCACUCGUCGCAUCAUUUUCGUCAGUCAUUAUCCGGCCAUGCUCACAAUCGCCUCUGAGACUGUACGAUACUGUGUGCGAGUCUUUGAAUGGAGCGGCCUUUACGUUCCAGUGGUGCACGCGCGCCAUACCAAGGAGCUCGUUCAAGAACCUGGCCCUUACAUCCUGGGUGUCACCGCUGAAUGCCGGUCCCUCUUCACAGCCCCUACCGACGCCUUGGUCGUCGAUUUGGAUCGCAAUUUUGUCCUCACCUCCAGCCCCCCUACUGCCCUCACUGCUGGCCAGCGCAACAAGUUUGUUAGCCGUUUGACUCAGGCUCUUAAUGGCGAUGUUACGCCUUCCGGUGUUCCUCAGCAUCUCCGUUCCGCCUAUGGCGGUGGCAAGUUGGUGCCUGCCGGUCAGAUCAUUGUCAUGCGUGGCGAGGUUGAGUCCAUCCAGGACCCCGAGUGGUGGAACCAGGAUUCUGUCAUGUCUGUCAUGGACCACGUGUGCGAGAAGAUGGGUCGCAACACUGGCCUUAAGGCUGUCUUUGGAGGCUCAGUUAAGAAACCUCUCAUGACCAAGGUGUCAAUGAGACAUCUCAACGAACUCGUUCGUGAGAGAAACCAGUACUCUCGAGAUGCUCUCGAGGCCUGGCAAGACUUCAUCAAUCUCAAGGGCCGUAUGGACACUGAGCUUGGCAAGGUUACUAAGCGUAACAACUACCUUGUUGAAGAGCUUGAGAGCUGGAAGCAGCAGUUCCUCAAGUUUCAGGCCUUUGCCGAAACCCUUACCAAGGAAACUCAAGACCUCAAGGUCAAGAUUGAAGGUCACAAGCGGGAGAAUCGCCGUCUUGCAUCCCUCAUUGAGCAACAAAAGGAGGAUAACGGCCGCCUCACCACUCGCCUCUCUGGCACAGAGAAGCAGCGUGAUGAUGCUCUCGAGGCCCUCGUUUUGCAGCAAGAGAUUGCUGAAGAGCUCGAGCGUGAGCGCAAGAGGAACAAGAAGGAGCUCGCUCAGCUUCACCACACCAACGCCACCAUUACUCGCCAGCGUGAUGAGGCUCGCCGUGUCGUUCUGCACCUGCGCAGCUUGAUUGGUGGUCAAAGCCACCACAUGGAGCACCUCAUUCAGUCUCUCACCAAGCCGGAGGAACUUAUCCGCGAAGUCGAGGAUGGCUAUGAAUCAGACGAGGUUCAGGGUGGUGCUGAUGUGCACUCCCUGCGACCCUCUCGCAGCAGCAAGCGGCUGUCUACAUCCAGUCUGGUUGAUGUGGCUGAUCGUCACCUCAAAGACAAGACUGAUGCUAUCGCUCAUAUCGUUCGCAACAUUGCGGACCAAUGCCAAGCUGCCGUCGACGGCCUGCAGCUUGCCCAGGAUGCUGAAUCUCGAGCCAGCACUCGUGCUAGCCGACGAAUGAGCAGCAUGUCGACUGCUCAAAGUGAUGAUGGUGAGGACGCCCGCUCCACCGCCACCUCGGACGCUGGCGAGGGGAGUUCUCGCUUACAACCGCGUGCCGGGAGGCCUAGCUCAAUACCACCAACGCCGGAUCUCAUCCCCAACCGCAGUAGCACUGCACUAUCGUUUGCGUCCACGGCCACAACGCCUGAGCGAGCCUCCCAACAGUACUCUAUUCGAGACGAGAUACCAACCAAGAUUCUCGAGGACGAUGAAGAGGACUUCGAUGACAGCCGAAGUGAUCAGAUCCGAGUCUCCCAUCACCACGGAGUCGUCCCGAAGCAGUCUCAGCCUCUUCUCCACCGAUCAUCUGGAGCAAGAAUCAGCGCUUUCGGCAAUCUCCGAUGA